AUGGCCCUGCUCAAGACAAACAAGGUGAUCUACUGCCUGGGAAAUGUUUCCCCAGCCCUGGGAGUUCUGGCCACCCGCAACAGCUCAUGGUGGAGUGGAGUUCAGAUGGGCCCCCCUGAUCCCAUCCUGGGGGUGACCGAGGCCUUCAAGAGGGAUACCAACCCCAAGAAGAUGAACCUGGGAGUGGGAGCCUACAGGGAUGACCAGGGAAAGCCCUUUGUGCUCAGCUGUGUUCGCAAGGCAGAGGCUUUGAUUGCAGCCAAACAGCUGGAUAAGGAGUACCUUGCCAUUGGUGGGCUGGGGGAAUUUACCAAGGCUUGUGCACAGCUUGCUCUUGGUGCUGACAACGAGGUGUUGAAGAGUGGCAGGAGCAUCACUGUCCAGACCAUCUCAGGAACUGGAUCCCUGCGCAUUGGAGGCAACUAUCUGGCCCGUUUCCACGCAGGGCCACACGACAUUUACCUGCCCAAACCCUCUUGGGGAAACCACACACCCAUCUACAGAGAUGCUGGAUUGCAGCUCAAAGCUUACAGAUACUACGACCCAUCCACCUGCGGCUUUGACUUCAAAGGAGCUCUCGAGGACAUCUCCAAAAUCCCAGAAAAGAGCAUUAUUGUGCUACAUGCAUGCGCCCACAACCCCACCGGUGUGGACCCCAAGCCCGAGCAGUGGAAGGAGAUCUCAGAGGUGGUGAAGAAGAGGAACCUGCUGGUGUUCUUCGAUAUGGCCUACCAAGGCUUUGCCAGCGGAGACAUUGACCGUGACGCCUGGGCCGUUCGCUACUUCAUUGAACAGGGCCACAACAUCCUGCUGUCCCAGUCUUUUGCUAAGAACAUGGGACUGUACGGUGAGCGCGUGGGAGGCUUCACCAUCGUGUGCAACGACGCAGAAGAGGCAAAGAGGGUGGAGUCUCAGCUCAAGAUCCUCAUCAGGCCCAUUUACUCCAACCCCCCUAUGAACGGUGCUAGGAUCGCCGCGACCAUUCUCAACACGCCGGAUCUGCGCUCCAUCUGGCUGGAAGAGGUCCACACUAUGGCCAACCGCAUCAUUAAGAUGAGGGAACAGCUGGUGGCAGGUCUGAAAAAGAACGGCUCCACUCACAACUGGCAGCACGUCAUCGACCAGAUCGGGAUGUUCUGCUUCACAGGCCUCAAACCCGAACAGGUCGAGCGCCUGACAAAGGAGUUUUCAGUCUACAUGACCAAGGAUGGCAGAAUUUCCAUGGCAGGUGUUUCCUCUGGGAACGUGGGCUACUUGGCUGAAGGAAUCCACGCAGUCACCAAAUAG